GCUAGUACCGCGGCCGCGUGGGCGAUGCAAAAAUGCGCGCAACUAUCACACCAAAAAGUGUUAACGUUAACGGAAUUUGGCAUGCAGAAAUGCACGAGAAAUGAUGCCCAAAUUUGUAUUGCAUAGCAUGCAUGAUAGCGGCAAUUUCUCAUGCAUGACAGCAAUGCCUCAAAACCGUUAACGUUAACACUUUUUUGCUUGAUAGCAACCUUUCGCUGCUGCACCGUCACACGUUGGUAGGCACCUCCUAUGUGGCUCGGAACCGCCACCUGGAACCACGAUGGCCGUUCCGUAGGUGGCUUGGAAAUAACCGUAGGAGUAGCGUGAUGUGGAAUAAAAACG